AUGUUUUCCAAGUCCAUUCUUGCGGCCGCUGCUCUCCUGGGCAUUUCGGCUGUUGAAGCACACAUGAUCAUGACUGAGCCCAUUCCCUAUGGCAAGGACACCCUUAACAACUCGCCUCUUGCAGCCGAUGGCAGCGACUUUCCUUGCAAGCUGCGCUCGAACACCUACGAGGUCACCGAGUGGAAUACCGCCCAGAUCGGCGAGAGCAUGCCUUUGACCUUUGAGGGUUCCGCCACCCAUGGUGGUGGCUCCUGCCAGGUCAGUCUGACCACCGAUCUGCAGCCUACCAAGGACUCCGAAUGGAUGGUCAUCAAGUCUAUCGAAGGCGGCUGCCCCGCCAACGUGGACGGUAACCUUUCUGGUGGUGCUUCCAUGGCUGAUCCGACCAAAUUCAACUACACCAUUCCGGACGGCAUUAGCCCCGGCAAGUACACGCUCGCCUGGACUUGGUUCAACCGCAUUGGAAACCGUGAGAUGUACAUGAACUGUGCUCCCCUCGAGGUCCAGAGCGCUUCUUCUAAGAGGUCCGAUGUUGAGGAAAAGCGCGAUGUCGAGAAGCGCUCUUCCACCUUCCCUCCCAUGUUUGUCGCCAACGUCAACGGCUGCACCACCUCCGAAGGUGUCGACAUCCGAUUCCCUCAGCCUGGUGACGACAUCCAAUAUAAUGGCGAGCCUAGCAACCUGGCUUCCGCUGGCGCCGCCGCCUGUACCGGUACUCCCACUUUUGCUGCCGCUGGUGACAGCAGCACUGGCUCCUACUCUGGUUCUGGCUCCAGCUCUGGCUCCGGCUCCGGCUCUGCCAGUUCUUCGGCCGCUGCUGUGGUUACUUCUGCCCCGGCCGCAAACACCUACACUGCUCCUGCGGUGGCGAACACUCCUGCACCCAGCUCCGGCAGCAGCGGCUCUAGCUCUGGUUCUGACUCCGGUUCUGGCUCCAACUCUGUCUCCAGCCCUCAACCCAGCUCUAGCUCCAGCGCAAGCUCCAGCGCAAGCUCUGGCGCGCUCUCUGGAUCUUGCAGUGUGGAGGGCGAGUGGAACUGCAUCAAUGGCUCCUCUUUCCAGCGCUGCGCGAACGGCCAGUGGACCCCUGCUCAGAAUGUGGCUGCCGGUACCCAGUGCACUGCUGGACAGAGCUCCAACUUGGCCAUUUCUGCCAUCAAGUUGAAGCCCCGUACCGUUAGGGAGGGCCGCGCCAGACGCCACGCUCACGGUGGACAUGUGCACGCUUAA